CGCCACCACAAAGCAAUCGGUCAAAAUAGGUAGACCCGCAAUGUCAACAGGCAGCCGAACUUCACGGCUGAGGGCCUGCGCACAUUUCCAUGUCCUCCAACCCCGUUCAUCUCCCAAUCAAGCCGGCUUCAAAUUAAUACAUUGCGUAUUGCUUUCUACUUGUCAAUGGCGGACUUUAUGUCAGCGUCUGCACCGGCCGAGCUUCUGGUUGAAAUUCUAUCUUAUAGCACCACCAAGGCUGACGUCCUCGCCUUUGCACUGACAUGCAAGCAUAUGAGAGGUGCAUGGGAAGAUGGCGGUGCCGGGCUCCGGUGUGCAUGGAACCUCAUACAAGACGAACUGCCUGCGGCAGAGUUGGCACUAGUUGCUAUACGCGCCGGCCAAGUCGUUGCCGACGCAGAGGAUGCCUCUUGCUCACCUCCCAAGGAUAUCCAAUUAACGCAGUUGGAGAGUGAGCAUCGCUCUCCCAAUGGAACAGAGCUGGUAGCAUUGUAUGACGCCCAUGAGCUCGCUUUGGCCAUCGCAGCUCGCUUGACGAGGGACAACAAUGAUUACUACUUCGACGACAGCAUGCGCAAGGACUUGACAGAUCGUCAGCCAGCUAUACAUAGAGCUAUUUACCGCAGCUUCAUCGUCUCAUCUAGCCUAGCGGGUAUCUACAUGGAGCCUGUUAUGGAGGCAUUAAGAAGCUCAGACGCAGAAAUACAGGCGAUUUUAAGCGCAGAGCGCUUAUCGCACCGCCAGUUGGAUUUCCUUGAACAAUAUCCAGCUUAUAAGGACAAGACUAGCGCAAAGGACAACCAUGAGCUGUUUGGGACCCUUGGCGACUGGCUGCUGGACAAUAUUCUAUCUCAAGGCGCCCUACGGGAGGAUAUGGAGCGGAGUUUUACACUGGGAAUUGGCUACGGUAAAGGAUGCCAAGCAAGAAAUCAACAAAAUUGGGAGCCAGAAUAUUAUGAGGAUUGGGACCUACCAUCCCCUUGCCCUGUCAAACUGAGCGGGGACGAAUACACGCACGCAGACGCCCAUCUUGUCGCUCUCGAGCUCGUGCGUACGUUUUGGGUCUGCCGUAAAAUGCUAGAUAUGGGGUGGUGUUGGGAUACACGCCCAGAUGAUCAGGCUGAGACCGGCACUUAUAGUCUACUCGCACCAUUUGGCUGGUUUGGUGCUGCCAGAAUGGCUUUAUCCAUGCACACGGCAGGUCAAGACUCGGUGCCUGUGCCGAGGAUACAUGUCGAUGCAUACUCUCCAGGGGGUAAAGGUGAUAUGAUUGGUGAUGGUCUGUGGAAGAGUUUGGUCAACUUUGACAUCUAUUAUGAGCUUGACGAUGAGAUCGUCUAUGUUGCUCCUUUGCUGUUCAAAUUGUUCCAUUUCUUUCUACGGCGGCAUUUGCAGUCGGACUUUAAGACCGACUUUUUCCGGCAUGAAGAUGGAGGUGAAGUCUACGCGUACUUGGACUCAUUUAUGGACAAUCUGGAAAUCUUUGCCACGGACGACGGGGAGGAUGCCGCUUGCUAUUAUCCUUUGUGCGGCGACUUUCGAUAUGCCGAAUUUUUAGACGGUACUGACGUUUUGACGACAUGGGACCAAGUUCGAGAUGUUCGUAGAAGGCUAGGGCUGCAUGUUGAAGAUGACGCUGAUGAAAGUUGAGGAUGAGGCGGUUAUUGUUCGUUUGUCUCUUCUCACGAGAGAAUGAGGUUUGUGUGCCUCUCCACUGUUAAUAAAGACGUCAGAUUUAAAUAACACCAUUCACCUCAUAAUAAGCAUCUUGUAACAAACAGUAGCUGUG